UGGUGUUUUGUUACUCUCAUCCCAUUUCUUUGUUUUUACCAGGUGAACGACUCGGUAGCAGCUCUGACUGAAUUUAAAGCCUGGGCCGAGUUAGCCUGCGUUCCGGCCAGAUAUGUUUAUACUUUGCCGUCUGGAAUGGGACACCAAGAAGCCGUCUCGAUGCUGAUGAACUACGUAGUUGCUUAUUGUUUACUUUUCGAUAUAGGAAAUCUACAAAGCGGGCAGAAAGUUUUAAUACACUCUGCAGGAGGAAGCGUGGGAUUAGCUGUAGCAGUCCUCUGUAAGACAGUUCCCAAUAUAACGCUCAUCGGGACAGCUUCCAAGCAUAAACAUGAGAGUAUAUCUGAAUAUUUUACUCAUCUGUUUGACCACAGCGCAGAUUAUGUUCAAGAAAUCAAAAAAUUACUGCCCGAAGGCGUAGAUCUUGUACUCGAUUGUUUAUGUGGAGAAGAUGCAAAUAAAGGAUACAGCCUUCUUAAGCCCCUCGGUCGAUACAUUUUGUACGGCACCUCAAGCAUCGUAUCUGGCGAAACGAAAAGCUUCUUUAGUUUUGCAAAAUCAUGGUGGCAGGUGGAUAAAGUUAGUCCUAUCAAGCUGUUCGAUGAAAACAAAAUUUUAGCUGGAUUUCAUCUGCGUCACCUUUUGUAUCAGCAAGGUUGCCACGAAUAUGUUCGAGGUGUCGUAUCGAAAGUCUUCAAACUGUGGGAAUCGAAGAAAAUAAAGGUGGUUACCGAUUCUGGAUGGGCCUUUGAAGAUGUAGCAGAAGCCAUGCAAAAAUUACAUGACAGGAAAAAUAUCGGAAAAAUCACAUUAAUUCCUGACAUGGCCCCCAAACCACAGGCAAAAGCUGCUAAGGAUAAAGAUGGCAAAACUAUUACUUCCGGAGAAAGCACAGAUACAGAGAAAGAUGCAAAAGAUGAACAAACUCCACCUCCUUGAAUGAAUGGAACAAAGAUUUUCCUGUAGUUGAUGUGGCAUUCUUCAUUUCUCAGUCAGUGGAACCUAUAAACAAAUUUUUGUGCUUUUCCAGAAAAUGGCUUACUGUCGAAUUUGCAUUGUUGUGGUGCUUCCAAGUGCAUUGUUGAAUGCUUUCCAAAAGUUUAAAGCUCUCAUUAACAAAUAACUUAUCGUUAAUGCUCGUAUUCAAAUUUUAUCUCUAUCUGUUACAAAAGUCUGCAUCACUGUGUUACAAAUUAUUUAUUUUAAAAGUAAUUUAGCUGUGCAUUGAAAUAUAAUAUGUGCAUAAUUUAUUUGCUGGAUUAAAAGAGCAAGAGACAGUGUUAUAACAAAAAAUAAAUCAUAGUAGCUAUUAGUGUAGGGUUUGCUACAUCUGAAAGAGAACAAAAUUCAGACAUUCACUUUUAAAUCUUUCUGUAUGUAUUGAAUAUAUGUAAAUGAAGGCAACAAAGUGUGGAUUAGAAACAUUAUUAAAUCUCUAAAUGAUUGUUUACAUAGCUUCAAAUUAAUCUGUCAUUAAAUAAAUUUUACUACCAUUUUAGGAAUCUUGGAACGAAUUGCUUCUUCUCUACUCGUGAAAACAGAAUUAUAAAGUUAGGGUAUAAGAACAGUCCUCGGUAUAUCCUUGGUACCAAAAGAUUUAUCAUUAUUAAUAAAUUUCAUAUUUGAAAAACUUUAUAGCCUUUCAAGUCAUAGUCAAGUCAAUUUAUAGUCAAGUAAGUAACAAACGAAUAUUUGACAAGUGACAAAUAGCAUAAUGUUUUUGCAUACGAUCGUAGCGGUGCAUGAUGACUUUUUACUAUAAGGAUGCCUUUAAAGCGAAUGUUUAAUAACUAUCGUCUGAAUCAGAACAGUACCUCGUUUUUAUAUGUUAAUUUACGAAAUUAAAUGCUCCUAAAUUCAAUAAGAGAAUAUAUUACAUUUAUAACCAAAAAUUAGAGCACUUCCACAUGCGCGUUUAUGUAAUACAAAUCAUUUCUUGUCGAAUGCCAAGCUGCCAGUAGCAUAAACAGAUUACGGACGGAAGUUAAUGCAGUUUAAUUCCGACGCUCAAAUUUUGGAUAGCUUGAAAUUUUGUACCAGAGUGAUUUUUGUCUUUUACAAAAUCUCAGAAUCACCACGCACAGUCCACGUAUCAGGGAAAAUUGUAUCAAAUGUAUUGCUUAACUAUUCUUGCUGGGUCCCAUUUAAAUACAUGUCUGAGCUUUUACUAGAUUAAUAUCUCAUGCAUGUGCUUUUCCCGCCAUUUAGCAUUUCAUGAUAUUGACGUUGUAAUACGUAAACUAGCUAACUAUAAAUAAAUCAGCGGUAUACGUCCUUGAAACUAACUCAGAUACCAAUUUUUGCCGAAUUUUUCAAAUAAAUUGUUUUUCGAAAGGACAUCCUGUACAUUUCGAACAAAAAAACAAUUUCGCAUCAUUUUAUAAAACACUUCAUUUAUGAAGCACUAGCCGCUAUGCGGCCAGCCUUCAUCUGGCACUCAAUAUUAUUUUCUUGUACUUUCUUUGGACCUUUUCCUUGCUGCUGUUCUAGAAGUUCUAUCACUCUCUCGUCUCGAUUUUGUUUUCUUCGAUUUUUUUUUCACGUUCUUUCUCUAUCAUGAUUCUCCACGUUCUCUAUCACUUGCUCAUCUUGCAUGCAGACAUUUUUUCUUGGUGGCUGAGGGGUGUAGUUUGACCGUCUCAAGCGCAACCCUGGUUGGCAUUCUGCCAAAACACGUAGACUCGCCCAAAAGGGACGGUAUUACUUGCUGCGACAUGAAAGGUCUUCUCUUCUCCGGAAAGAGCUGUGCAGGAGGAAAAGAAAGUCCCCAUCCUUCCACCCUAUUUUGAGAAUAAUUCGAAUGGCGCAUGCAUGUUUGCGCUCAUGGUCGCGGAUGAGGCGGCCGAACUAUACUUUCAAGAAUCUUCUAGAAAAAGAAUUCUUUCAAGAAUCUUCUAGGAAAAAUUUCUGAAAACGUGAAUAUACACUGAUGUAAUUUUAUCACUUUUCUUUCGACAAACGUCAAGUAUCCAAGAGAAACAUUAAAUUUAAAUACUGCACAGAAUUAUCGCCCUCAUUUUUCCGAGUGGCAACAGUGUUGAUAUCAGCAAAAAUGGCAACAAAGAUAUAUCAUCAACAAUGGCUGCUUGUCAUUGUUCCUGAUAUAAUGAGAGAGAAUUAUCGAUCUGAUGCGAUUUCAUCAAAAAACAUUAAAUAUAUAUAUAUAUAUAUAUAUUAUUCGAAUUUUGAAAAAAAUCGCAUCGAGGUGCACUGGUUCUUGUCUAGAUGCACACCCUAUGUACCAAAUUUCGUAGCCCUGGAUCUAUUAACUUACGCGCAGAACAAACGAAAGAUACACACACACACACACACACAUAAACUCUUCCUUUUAUUAUAUGUAGAGAUUAUUGCAAAAUCAGGUGGACGAGAGUUUCUCUUUCAGAUGUAGCAAACUAUAAAGAUAUAUUAUAAUAUUAUUCUGUAAAUUUGAUUUUUGCAUUGUUUUAAAAUUUAUAAUUGGAUAUAACCCAAUAUUUAUUAUAUUUGUAACUGUUGUUGGUAACUGUAAGCAAGAUCUAGUCAUUUAAAAUUACAAAGAUAUUAUUAUUAUUAUAAGAACACAGCCCCUAUCCUCGUAGGCGGCACAAGCCGGCCAUAUGAUCAAAAAAUGGGACUUACCAGAGAUAACAAAGAUAUAUAUCGUUCUUAUGAAUGUAAAUUAUAUUAAUUAAAAAUCAUAUCUAUACGUGAAAGAAUUAAGAAUAUGCAAAGUAUGAGAAUAUGGAUGAAUUAUAUUUCUGUUGUGUUUUAUAACUCAAAGUUGUAAAAUGUUCUAACUCAGGUCACAAAAUGUUGAUUGAACUAUCACACAUUUGUAAUUAGAGCCUUAAACAACUAUAAAUAGUUUUCUUCCUUCAUUUGUAUUGAUACGUUUAUACAUGUUUAAACUUUAUUUAUUUAUUUAUUUAUUUAUUUAUUUUUUGAAUAAAAAUCACGCUAUUAAGUUGAAACUUACAAAUAUACGUAUGUAAGCUGCUAGCUGAUUUUCCACAGUAAAGAAUCUUAAAACUGAUUUUUAAGAUACCAAAAAUGAGUUUCGCCAAUUUUAUGUAUGAUUGAGAAUGAGAUUAUUUGUGUAUCGCGAUAUGAUAAAUAAUAAAACCUGCUUAAUUAUUCCAUAAUUAUAGAGCAAUAAAAUAACGUUAACAAAAAGAUAUUAAAGACGUAAAUACGAAUUACAAUUAUUUCGAUGCUACGAAGGUUUAAGAAUAAAUUACUUUUUACCCAAAAGUAGGCAAGUGUGAUUAAGCUUUUAAUUCGGACAAAAUCAAAAUAAAAAGCUUAAUGAAAUAAGAAUACUUAAAACGAAAUAGUAUGCAUAUCUCACAUAAUGUUUUUUUUAAAUUAUUUAUUUAUUAAUAGUUAAGCGGACAAAAGAGGGGCAAGACAAUCUUAACUUAAAUAAAUACGAAAUUUAGUUACAUAUUUCAAAGAUUUCAGGAAAUUUAGUUAUAUACGAUAUUAUAUUUCAAAGAUUUCAAUUAAAAAUACUACAAAUCGAAAAUUUUAACUAACUUUAAAAACAGAGAUAAAUAUAGAUGAAAAAUUAGCGAACAAAUGCGGAAAAUAUUACCAUUAGAGUGCGGAUACAAAGAAAGAUAUUUCUUAAAAUUUUAUGAUGAUUAAAUUAAAUUACAUAAUAAACAUAAAAUUUUAAUUACAGGACAAACUUUUCAAGAACUUGCCACUUCAGAUUGCAUUAUUUUCUUAACACAGGAGCUCUUAUGUAUAAUAAUGGACAAUGCAAUUGAGCAAGUAACAUUAAAAAAGCAGCUUUAAGCAAAUUUUAUUUUUACAUCUUUCAAUGAUGUUUUUGUUUUUCCUCUUUCUUUUAGCUUUUUUGUCAUCCAUUUUUCAAAUAAGCUUACUGUAUGUUAAGCUAAUUUCUGUGAUUUGCAAAUUUUAUUUCUGUAUGACCACAAAUAACAUUUUGAAAGAUGUCCCAAAUUAACCUGAAUUACAUAUCUAGAAAUCAGAACUUUUCUUCUUUUUUUAUAUUCUUUUUUAUAACUUCAGAAAUAAUUUUGUAACUUUUGUUAAUUUAAGAUCAUAAUCACUGGCAUUUUUCAUAUGAAUGUGAAGGUUAUCAAAGCCAUUUGCAUCUUAAUUACAUCUUCAUGCAAAACGAAAAAGCAAAGCAUAUUAAAUAAAUUUCUAGGGUUUAAAAAUAUUAUUUAAGAGCUCUUAAUGUUAGGUUUUUAAAUGAAUACUUUCUUCUCCAAAAUUUUACACGAUUCUGAAAACAAACCGUUUAAAAAUAUUAGCUGUAUUUUGAAUAUUUUAAAUAAAUUUUAACUCUUUCCGUGGUUUAACUAUUGGCCUUACAUUUACAUUUUAUAUGGCAUUACAUUUUAAUGGUCCCAAUUAAAAAAUCCACUUGAUUUAUGGAUUAAAAAUCCACUUAUUUAUCCAUAAAUCUAUGUCGAAAUUUUAUUGCAGAAAUAGUAGCAUCAUAAUGUAAAAAUAAAAUAUUAAUUUGUGUAAAAACAAAUUGGACCUCAAAGAUGUACAAAUUGUUGAAACAAAAUAACGAUUGUAUAAUCCGAGCUCAUAAAUAAAACAUUAAUUUUACAUAUUUUUAAAGAAAGAACGUUCUGAAACAUGUUUCAUCUACAAAAUCAAAAACGGUAUUCUAACUUCAAAGCAUUACAGAAUCACUGCCACAGACCAAAAAUUAAUAUAUCGAAGAAGUACAGAAGAGCUGUUGCCACACAACAAAAGAAAUAUAGUUACAAAAAUCAAGAGGUAAUAUUUCACACAAUAAUAAAACAAAAACACACUUUCACACUUUCGAAAAAUAAACAAUAAUAAAAAUAAUAAAAAAUAGUAAUAAUAAAAUUCUUAUUUCAAAAUAAACAAGUAAAAAUAUUUUCUUGAUUACGCAACACAAAUGAAAAAUUUGCCGUUGAUUAAACCGUACGCAGUUCAAUUUUGAAUUUUGUUAGAAACUCAAUUACUUGGAAUAUUACAACAUCCUGUCCAGCUUUUCAAUGCUACUAAUUUAAAAUGAUAUUCCAAGAAUUUCUUUUAAUAAAUUGAUUUAAAGUGUUUUUGUAACAAGGGUAAGAAUUUGCUACGCCAUCCAUCUACAUUCAAUACUUAUAAUUAUUUAGCAUUCAGUAAAUUGAAAUAUUUAACUGUAGGAAAUAAUUUUAAAACUCUUAAUUGUAACUUUACGUAAAAAAAAAAAAAAAAAAAA